AUGGUCCCGGCGGGGCCGCCCCGCUCCUGCCUCCUGUUGACGGCCGCGCUGCUGCCGCUGCUGCCGGUACCGGCACCGGGGGCCGCCCCGGGGCCCCCCGCGCUCACCGACGCCGAGAUCGAGGAGUUUCUGCGGGGCUUCCUCGGGCCCGGGGACGGCGGGGACCGGGACGGGCACGGCACCGAGCUGAGCUUCGGCACCGACCUCAGCAUCGGCACCGGCACCGGCACCGACUCCCCAGGGCCGCUGACGGAGCCGGAGAAACCCAGGAAGGGGAAGAAGGAAAAACCCCCCAAGCCUCCCAAGAAGCCCAAGGAGAGACCCCGGAGCCCCAAGAAGGACAAAAACAAGGACAGGGACCGGAGCAAGGGCAAACCCCCCAAGAAACCCAAGGAGAAGCCAUCGAAAGGCUCUGAAAACCCCCCAAAAGGCUCAGAAAAAACCCCCAAAGGCUCUGAAAAACCCCCGAAAGGCUCCAAAAAACCCAAGGAGAAGCCACCCAAGGCCACCAAACCCUCUGGCAAGAAGCCACCAGUGCCAUCAAGCUCCCCCCCAGAGCCCACAACCACCCCACAGCCCCUGCGGGGUGAGGAUGAUGAGGGGGCACCCAGGUUCCUGGAGCCUUCACACUACAAAGAGGAGGAAGAGGAUGGAGGUGGCCGAGGGGAGCUGGAGGAGCCGCAGAGUGAGCGCUGGGGGCUGGGCCGGGAGGACUGGAACCCCAAGCCCCAGCCAGAGGUUCCUGAGGAGCCGGAGCCCCCAACUCUGGACUACAACGAGCAGCUGGAGCGGGAGGACUACGAGGACUUCGAGUACAUCCGGCGGCAGCAGAAGCCCCCCAAGCCCCCGAGCAGGAGGAGACCCGAGCGUGUCUGGCCCCAGCCUGAGGAGCCCCGUAUCCCCCCCUGCAGCCCCCCCCCACAGCCCCCCCUGCCUGGCCCAGUGACCGAAGGGGACUAUGGCGAGGGCUUCGAGCCACCCGACUACGAUGACCUGACCUACGGGCUGCCCCCCCCGCCGAAGCCCCGCAAACAUCCGGACAAGGGUGACGGGAUGGAGACAGACGAGGAGAAAAUCAGACCCUCAAAGCCCAAGAAAGGCAGCAGCAGCAAGGAGGAGGAGGAGGAGGAGGAGGAGCCCUGGGCAGAGGAGAAGGGCCAGGACCGCAAAGGAAAAACCAAAAAACCAGGAGGGAAGAAGUGGGAUCCAGAUGAGGAAUGGACUCCUCCGGCGGAGAAGACAAGAUGUCCCCCAAUCGGGCUGGAGUCCCACCGCAUCGAGGACGACCAGAUCCUGGCCUCCUCCAUGCUGCGCCACGGGCUGGGUGCCCAGCGUGGCCGCCUCAACAUGCAGGCGGGCACCAAUGAGGAUGAUUUCUUCGACGGGGCGUGGUGUGCCGAGGACGACAGCCGGGCGCACUGGCUCGAGGUGGACACUCGCCGCAUCACCAUGUUCACCGGCGUCAUCACCCAGGGGCGCGACUCCCAGAUCCAUGAUGACUUCGUCACCAGCUUCUACGUGGGCUUCAGCAACGACAGCCAGCACUGGGUGAUGUACAGCAAUGGCUACGAGGAGAUGAUGUUUUAUGGCAAUGUGGACAAGGACACUCCAGUGCUGAGCGAGUUCCCUGAGCCAGUGGUGGCCCGGUACAUCCGCAUCUACCCCCAGCGCUGGAAUGGGAGCCUCUGUCUGCGCCUCGAGGUCCUGGGGUGCCCCCUUUCCGCUGUCAGCAGCUACUACAGCCAGCAGAACGAGGUGACCUCCACGGACAACCUGGACUUCCGACACCACUCCUACAAGGACAUGAGGCAGCUGAUGAAGGUGGUGAACGAGGAGUGUCCCACCAUCACCCGCAUCUACAACAUCGGCAAGAGCUCACGGGGGCUGAAGAUCUAUGCCAUGGAGAUCUCUGACAACCCGGGCGAGCACGAGACAGGUGAGCCCGAGUUCCGGUACACGGCAGGGCUGCACGGGAAUGAGGCCCUGGGCCGGGAGCUGCUGCUGCUGCUGAUGCAGUUCCUGUGCAAGGAGUACCAGGACGGGAACCCCCGUGUACGGGGCCUGGUCACUGACACCCGCAUCCACCUCGUCCCCUCCCUCAACCCUGACGGCUACGAGCUGGCCCGUGAGGCGGGCUCUGAACUGGGCAACUGGGCACUGGGCCAUUGGACAGAGGAGGGCUUCGACCUCUUUGAGAACUUUCCCGACCUGGCCUCAGCACUGUGGGCGGCGGAGGAGAGGCGGCUGGUGCCCCACCAGUUCCCCAAUCACCACAUCCCCAUCCCAGAGCACUACCUGGCUGAGGAUGCGGCAGUGGCGGUGGAGACACGGGCUGUCAUGGCAUGGAUGGACAAGAACCCCUUCGUGCUGGGAGCCAACCUGCAGGGCGGGGAGAAGUUGGUGUCCUUCCCCUUUGACACGGCCCGGCCCAGCCCCCCGACGCUGGCGGCUGCCCCUCGCCCACUGGACUAUGAGGACGAGCAUCCCGAGCUGCAGGAGACGCCCGACCACGCCGUGUUCCGCUGGCUUGCCAUCUCCUACGCCUCAGCACACCUCACCAUGACUGAGACCUUCCGUGGGGGCUGCCACGCGCAGGACGUGACUGAUGCCAUGGGCAUUGUGCAGGGUGCCAAGUGGCACCCCCGGGCUGGCAGCAUGAAUGACUUCAGCUACCUGCAUACCAACUGCCUGGAGCUGUCUGUCUACCUGGGCUGCGACAAGUUCCCCCACGAGAGUGAGCUGCAGCAGGAGUGGGAGAACAACAAGGAGUCGCUGCUCACCUUCAUGGAGCAGGUCCAUCGUGGAAUCAAGGGCGUAGUGACAGACCAGCAGGGAGAGCCCAUUGCCAACGCCACCAUUGUGGUGGGGGGCAUCAACCACAACAUCAAAACAGCCAGCGGUGGGGACUACUGGCGCAUCCUGAACCCGGGCGAGUACCGUGUGUCAGCGCGGGCCGAGGGCUACAACCCCAGUGUCAAGACCUGCCACGUUCUCUAUGACAUCGGGGCCACCCAGUGCAAUUUUGUCCUGUCCCGCUCCAACUGGAAGCGCAUCCGGGAGAUCAUGGCCAUGAACGGGAACCGGCCGAUCCGCCUGGUGGUGCCCGGGCGGCCCAUGACACCCCGCGAGCGCCUGCGCCUGCGGAUGCGCCUCCGGCACCGCAUGCGGCUGCGGGAGCAGAUGCGGCUGCGGCGCCUCAAUGCCACCACAACCACCAGUGGCCCCACAGCCCCGCUGGCCACCACGGCCCUGCCCUUCCCCUUCAGCAGCACAGCCUACACGCCCUGGAGCCAGGAGCCACCCACGGCCGGCACCUGGGAGAUGGACACCGAGACAGAGGUGGUCACCGAGCUGGUGACAGAGAUGGAGGGCUGGGAGCUGGGCACGGGGACAAUGCAGCCUCUCACCACAGCUGAGACCUACACAGUGAACUUUGGGGACUAGGGAUGCUCAGGCCUUUGCUCUGCUUCAAGCCACGGCUGGAUGCCCCAGCAUCCACUUCCAACAUCUUCCCUGAGCCUGGGCAGCUGCUCCCAGUGGGCUCCAGCCCCUCACCUUGCUGCUUCCCCGGACUGAGGGUGUUGGCCUUCACAGCUGGGCGCUGUCAGGGACAUGCUACCCCAUCCCUCGGGGCUGGGCAGUGCCAGCUCACUGUCCCUGUCCCAGUGGCAUGGCAGGGGUGGUCCCGCUCUCUGGGGCAGGGCCCACAGAGGUGGGCACAGCCCCUCUCCCAUCCACACAGUUUUGUUACACAAAUAAAUCAAGUUAUA